UGCGGUGGAGGGGAAGUGAACACACGAUGUCAACUCACAUACUACUGGCUUUAUUUAUACUGGGUUUGCUACAAACUGGCGACUGUCAUAGGCGACCGGCUCAUCGGAGGAAGGACACGACGGAGGGUCUGUACAUCCCGCAGCCGACGGCGGAGUCCCUGGAGCGGUUCGCGCAGGCGACCGGCGCCGCGGGCUUCGAGGACUACACCGAGGGCAAAGCCCUGGUCAAGAGACUCAUACCGGACCAGCCUAAUGUCGAUGUGGUGGAGCAUCAAGGCGUGAUCGGCAAAGCAGGCAUCGACUUCCCGGCGCUACCGAGCAUACCUCCCACGGGAUUCAACUGCAAGGACGUGCCCACAGGAUACUACGCUGAUCUGGAGACCGCUUGCCAGGUGUUCCACAUUUGCGACACGUCCAGAAAGAUCUCGUUCCUGUGCCCCAACGGCACCAUCUUCAGCCAGUCCCAUCUCAUAUGUGACUGGUGGUUCAAGGUGGACUGCGCAGCCGCACCGGCGUUAUACGAGUCCAGCGUGGAAUACUACUCCAACGAGCAGAGGAAAUCGCAGAAAGUCAGCCACUCCCUCACGAGGAACCCAGACCUCCAGCAGAUCGGUGACCCAGAUGAAAGAGCGGAAUCCAGAAGAGCAACCGUCAACGUGCCCAGCACGACCGAAAGGCUCCUGCGGCACAAGCAGAAGCUGCAAGCAGACGGACCGCAACCAGCAAGAGCAACCGCAAGAAGUUACCAGGCUCUCUUCGAUGUCAACCCAACCCAGCGAGCACAAGCGACGACCGCCUUCGAAAAGAGACGACGAAACUUGGUGCAGCUCAUAUCUACCAACUUCGGAAACACUCCAAGCAGAACAACGCUUCCGACCUACGAUUUUACUACUCCAAAAGCUGUAUCACAAAAUAUAGAUUACAACGGUCCAAAAGAAAUGCAAGUGGUCGCGGAGAGCGCCUCGUUCGUCAACAAUCAGAAUAGACAAUUCCUGCAGCAGUACAGCACGAAAAAUCUAAGACCCUACGCUGUAUACACACCUAAUUCUAAGGUCCCUAAACCUAAAAGUACCCUAAUACCCUUGUAUGACAUAACAGCUCAGCCGAUCAACCAAUAUGUAGAGGAAGCGUCAACUAAGAGGCAAACUCUGGUGCCCUAUACCAAAAGCUACGCUAGUGAAAAGCGAGAGCCCUACACGAGACCGGGAGUUUCUCUACUAAGGGAUUUCCUUGAACGCGAGAAGAAUAAAACUACAUUCGCCACUACAGAAAAGACUCCCGAAGUGACCGCCCGAAGUGAUAAGUUCAAUAGAGAAGGCAGAGUACUUAUUGAAACGAAAAACAGUUUUGAGUCGGUCACAAAAAUUCCCCAGACGACGAGAAAUUUCGAUAUCACUGAUGUCAGUGCAACCAACACCAUAAAUACAUAUGCAACCACAACUCCUACAGAACAAACUACGGCUACACCGUCCUAUCAAGAACGGAGAGAAAGAUUGAUACAAAAAAUGGACUUCGAAAUUUUUGGAUCUACGGAGCCGACUCCACAGAAAGCCUACACGGAGAAGUUUUACGGUAACCAACCCAAUAGACCCGGGCUUAUCGUGCCUCCUGCUUUAACACCCAAAACACUGCACUCUUUUGCUAUAUAUUACGCUACCGCUUUAGAUAAUUUGUCAACUUCUUCUCCAGCAGAUGAUAACGCCGCAACAACGCAAGCUAUAGAUGAAUAUGAACCUUUGGAUGAUAAACUGCCUGGUCUGUUUAGUCGUAAAACUAUUAAUAAGUACAGCAAUCUAUUCGGACAAGGCAUAAGCGGGCAGCUUCAAGAAGAAAUGAAAAUGGACCCCAAUGAAACCUAUAACGAAAUUUUGGAAGACCUGUCGCUACAAAUGAGCCAAACUCCUUUAGCCUCAUCGCCACAAAUUAGAGAGCUAGCGCAAGUUUUCACACACGCCCUUUCGGCAUAUCUACAAGAUCCAGUGAAGUUUAGAAAAGUUCUCUCAGACAUAAGACCAACGCAUCCGUCGUUCCCUGAUAUGCCCCUUACAACUGAAGAAAUAAAUACGGAACCGACAACAACCGUCAAUGAAGAUGACCAUGAAAUACUAGGCUUUUCUGAUGAUAACAAAGAAAGGUACCCAGAAACGUUUAGAGGAGGUAAAGCGCUCAAUUUUGCGUCAUCAGAUUACACGAUCAAGGAAGAAACUGUAACUACUGCCAAACCCACCACGACCGAUAGCUCGGCAUUAAGUACGACAACAAGUCCUAAAAAUCCUUUCAGAUGCUGUGGGAGAAUAUCAGCUUCAUACACUACGGCCCAGCCCACUACCAACCUUUUUGCAAACUUACCAUCAAAUAAAUUCGAUGGUAUAAAAUCUGAAAAUUUGAAUGUAGAAACAACAACAAAACCCGUGGAUGAUUAUUCUGAAGUAACUAACUCACCAUCUUCGUGGGAUGGAGACAAAUUAGAUUCCACUUUUUCACCCAUCACGAACUCACACCAAAUGUUUGAAAGUAAAAAAAUUAAACUCCUGCCAGACACGACGCCCAUCCCAUUCCCCGAAAACGAUAGCAUCGAACUUGAAAACGAGGAAGAACUGCAGAGAGCACAUAGCCAAUCAUUCGUUUUACCACAAUCGAAUAAUUUAAGACAAGGAAAACAAUUGAAAAUAGAAGAUAAAACAUUGAGAAAGCCUUCGGGAGAUUUAGAAGCGCCCAAACCACCUUCAGUAGAAAUAACCACGACACAAGCUAGUCCUGUGACGUCAACUACCAUUAGAGAAAAUAUCGAAGCAUCGACAACUGUAGCUCCCAUAGUCAGUAGUAUAUUUACCUCACCAGAUAGCGACAAACCCUUCAAUGAAUUCCAAUGGUCCACACCAUUAGAAAACUGGCAAAGCACAGGUCUCGAUCCUAUUACUCUGAAUGACGGCUUAAGUCCUACAGGUCCUGAAAUAACCUUACCAGAUAUAACACAAAUGAGCGGCUGGGCUAGUACUGGUUCGCCUGCCGAUUUCGUUGUUACCAGUGAUCCUAUCGUUUCCUCCACAGUGAGUGUCGAAGCCACAACAUCUGGUGGCAAUUAUGAGACUCGUUUCGGAAAAUUCCUGAGAGAACAAACGUCGACAGAGCCCGGGCAGGACUUGACGACGAUAACAGACACGGUCGUCGAAAAAGCAAAAGAGAUAAUGGAAGGAAUGAACGCGACGACAACUCAAAAACUAAUGAACGUCAUGAAGAAAACAAAGUCAAAGACUGUGAAGCGACUAAUCCUUCUUUUAGUUCAGACGUGCGACGACGAUCAUAAUAAAACAGCUGAGGCAUCAAAGAAAGCGUUACUAGACGCUCUGAUGGCAGUGUCUCAGAAGGACAUGGAAGAAAUAACGGAGAACGCCAAAGAAGAUAUAACAGAAUCACCGACGACUGUAGAUUUAAAGACCACAGAGUAUUAUCGCCGAAGCGACAGAUUCGAAGGUAGAAGAGGUAAAAGCCUGAACGUGGAGGCGGAUGCUGUGAACUCUCUAUCAUUUACUACCACAACUGAAAAGACUGAGGAACCGGAGACGACUACCAGUUAUAGAACAACGACGCCAAGUCGCAGAGGUAACAAACGGUUCCAAACUAAAACCGAACCAACCACCACAGAGAGAAUACCCACAACCAAUUUCCCGGUUGCUGCAGCCAGAGUAGCGGCGGUUCAGGGUGAGAUCAGAAACCAGUCAGAUGCUAGAGCAUUAGAACUAUUGCGGUCGUUGUACACCAUCGCCGCUAGAUGGGGUUAGUAGGUAGUUCAGUUAUGGUUCGUUUGGAUAUGUGCCUCUAUAUUUUUUGGAUAUAACUCUCGGCCAAUUCUCGUAA